AGGCGGGGCCGCGAGGCGAGCGCGCUCAGUGCGCUUGCGUGGAACGUUUCCGCGGAGUGCGGAGCCCGAACGCUGUCCCUGGAGUGCACGUGGAGUGCAGCGCGGGUACCAUGGGGCGUAAGUUGGACCCGACGAAGGAGAAGCGCGGGCCGGGCCGAAAGGCCCGCAAACAGAAGGGUGCCGAGACUGAACUUGCCAGGUUCUUACCUGCAGCCGGUGAUGAAAAUUCCAAGAGGCUGUCUAGUCGUGCACGCAAGAGGGCAGCCAAGAGGAGGUUGGGCGCUGCUGCAACUCCUAAGGCAAAUGCGUCCCCUGCGACCAAACCAUUGCCUGCAAAGCUCCGGAAAGGAGCCGUCCCGACACCUGGUCAGAAGGGAGCCAAGCCCUUAGUUACCAACGCUGCUCGGGGCAAGAAGCGCCCAGCACCAACCCAGAGCAGUGAGGAGGAGGACUCUGAAGACGACAGUGUGGGGAGCCGGGGCGAUCCCUGGGGCUCUGAGGACAGUGAUGCCGAUAUGGUAGACGACUAUGGAGCCGAUUCGGACUCAGCGGAUGAGGACGAAGGUGCAGAGUUGCUGCCCAUUGAGAGAGCCGCUCAGAGGGAGAAGGCCCAGGAGGCCGCUGCCGGGGGCCAGUGGAGUGAGGAGGAGACAGACGAGGAGGAGGCAGAAGUGUCUCCUGGGUCUGGCCCCACACAGGUUGAUGAUGCAGAUGGGGACCUGCAGAUCAAUGUGAAUGGGGAGGACCCGUUUGUGCUGCCCCCUGCUGGAGAGAUGGAGCAGGACAUCCUUCCUGCGCAGGACCUGCAGCGAGUUCACAAGAGGAUCCAGGACAUAGUGGAAGUGCUGCGGAAUUUUGGGACUCAGCGAGAGGAAGGUCGGUCCCGCUCAGAAUACCUGAACCGGCUUCGGAAGGACCUGGCCACUUACUACUCCUAUGGAGACUUCCUCCUCGGCAAGCUCAUGGACCUCUUCCCGCUGUCCGAGCUGGUCGAGUUCUUAGAAGCUAACGAGGUGCCUCGGCCCAUCACCCUCCGGACCAACACCUUAAAGACCCGACGGCGAGACCUUGCUCAGGCUCUAAUCAAUCGUGGGGUUAACCUGGAUCCCCUGGGCAAGUGGUCGAAGACUGGCCUGGUGGUAUAUGACUCUUCGGUGCCUAUUGGUGCCACUCCCGAGUACCUGGCCGGGCACUACAUGCUGCAGGGAGCCUCCAGCAUGUUGCCCGUCAUGGCCUUGGCACCGCAGGAGCACGAGCGGAUCCUGGACAUGUGCUGUGCCCCUGGAGGGAAGACCAGCUACAUAGCUCAGCUGAUGAAGAACACAGGUGUGAUCCUUGCCAAUGAUGCCAACGCGGAGCGGCUCAAGAGCGUGGUGGGCAACCUGCACCGGCUGGGAGUCACCAACACCAUCCUCAGCCACUACGAUGGGCGGCGGUUCCCCAAGGUGGUAGGGGGCUUUGACCGAGUACUGCUGGACGCUCCCUGCAGUGGCACCGGUGUCAUCUCCAAGGACCCAGCUGUGAAGACCAACAAGAAUGAAAAGGACAUCCUGCGCUGUGCCCACCUUCAGAAGGAGCUGCUCCUGAGUGCCAUCGACUCUGUCAACGCCAACUCCAAGACGGGGGGCUACCUCGUCUACUGCACCUGCUCUGUCACGGUGGAAGAGAACGAGUGGGUGGUAGAUUACGCCCUGAAAAAGAGGAAUGUGCGGCUGGUGCCCACAGGCCUCGACUUUGGCCAGGAAGGUUUUACCAGAUUUCAGGAAAGGCGUUUCCAUCCCACCCUGCGCUCUACCCGACGCUUCUACCCUCAUACUCAUAAUAUGGAUGGUUUCUUUAUUGCCAAGUUCAAGAAAUUCUCUAAUUCUGUCCCCCAGGCCCAAGCAGGAACUUCUGCAACUGACCCUCCUACAAACUUAGGCUUGCCCAGCACAAAGGGCCAGGACACUCCCAAGUCUGAGAACGGCAGCCAGGCAGCCAAGAAGGCCAAGAGGGCUGCAGAGUCAAAGCGGCAGUCCCAGGAACGGCAGCAUCCCCAGAAAGCUGCCUCCCAGAAACUGAACGGCGUCUCCCAAGGGCCUGACCCAGCAGUGUGCCCUACACCUUCCAUCAGGAAGGCCCGAACUCCCUCCGAGUUCCGGGAUGGCAGCCAGCCACCCAUAAAAGCUGGAGUGAUCAGAACGCCUGACGUGGCUGGGAGACCAAAGCAGCAGGCCCCUAAGUUACAGCCCGCCAAGAAAGCUGCCUUCCUGAAGCAGAGCGCCCCUGCCCAGGGCUCAGACACACCAACACCUGCUGCGCCGUCCCGGUCCAAGACCCAGGCCACCUCUCUGCCUAAGGACUCUGUCCAGCCCCUUGGGAAGACCAAAGGGGCUGAGAAGGUAAAGCAGCGGUCCCUAAGGAAGCCUUUCAAGAAAGCUGCCUUCCAGAAACAGAAUGGCACCCCCAAGGGACCUCAGGUUCCCACUGUGUCUCCCCUCCGUCCCAGCCGGCCUCCCCCAGCGAAGAAGAGGAAAUCUCAGCUCAGGGCUGACAGCCAGCGGCCGCCGUCCUAAAAGGCUGGCUGGAAACAGGACUGGGGCGGCCCAGCCCUCCUCAUGGGGUAUACCUUUGUGAGAUGGCUUCCCUUCCCCUCUUGAAUUUUAAUACACCUUUUACAACCACUG